CGGGCCGGCUCUCUCGCGUUGCUGGUUGCGCGCUCGCUGUGGUGGAGGUCGUUGGAGUCACUGUCCCGGGCCCGUCAUGCUGCUCGCCCGCCUCAGCGGCCCCUCCGCCGCCGCCGCGCUCCGCAGGGGGAUCGCCACCUCGGCGCAGAGCAAUGCUAAAGUGGCAGUGCUUGGUGCCUCUGGAGGGAUUGGCCAACCUCUUUCCCUUCUACUGAAGAAUAGCCCCUUAGUGAGCAACCUCAGCCUGUAUGAUAUUGCUCACACCCCUGGCGUUGCAGCUGACCUCAGCCACAUUGAGACAAGAGCCAAUGUCAAAGGUUUUAUUGGGUCUGAGCAGUUGCCAGAUUGUUUGAAGGGCUGUGAAGUUGUAGUUAUUCCUGCAGGAGUCCCUAGAAAACCAGGUAUGACCCGUGAUGACCUGUUCAACACCAACGCUACCAUUGUUGCAAAUUUGACGACUGCUUGUGCCAAGCACUGUCCAGAAGCCAUGAUCUGCAUUAUUGCUAACCCGGUAAAUUCUACCAUCCCAAUAACCUCUGAAAUUUUUAAGAAGCAUGGGGUUUAUAAUCCCAACAGAAUCUUUGGUGUUACCACACUGGACAUUGUCAGAGCAAAUACUUUUGUGGCUGAACUUAAGGGCUUAGAUCCAGCUCGAGUAAAUGUUCCCGUUAUUGGUGGCCAUGCAGGGAAGACGAUCAUCCCUCUGAUCUCUCAGUGUACACCAAAAGUGGAGUUCCCUCAAGAUCAAUUGGAAACACUUACAGGGAGAAUUCAGGAGGCUGGUACUGAAGUUGUGAAAGCUAAAGCAGGAGCAGGGUCUGCCACCUUAUCUAUGGCAUAUGCUGGUGCCAGGUUUGUCUUUUCUGUCCUGGAUGCAAUGAAUGGAAAGGAAGGGGUUAUUGAAUGUUCCUUUGUUAGAUCGGAAGAAACAGAGUGCCCAUAUUUCUCCACACCUUUGCUACUUGGGAAAAAUGGAAUUGAGAAGAAUCUAGGUAUUGGCAAGAUCUCUCCGUAUGAAGAAAAGAUGAUAGCCGAGGCCAUGGCUGAGCUGAAAGCUUCUAUCAAGAAGGGAGAGGAGUUUGCGAAGAGCAUGAAGUGAAGAGCGGAUAGGGAAGAAGAAUCACAGUUUCCUUAAUUUAUUAAGGCAUCAUGUCACUUUAAAAGACUCAAGAUGCAAAGCACGAGCUUUGAUCAAAGUUACUCUGUAUUAGUGUAUCUGCUCUCAAUUGGAAUUCUACUCAUCAAUAAAACAGCCUCCUAUUUUUUUUCAGGGUA